UAAAUUUUGGAAGUGACACCAUUGACAAUAUCGUGAAGUGUGCAUUUUUUCCGGGCGAGGGAGAUCGGUGUUUUGCGGAAGUUUAUGGCGGAACUCAACCGGCAAGCGAGAAUUUGCGUGACGAGAAUUGAGAAGGAAAUAUUCGGCGAUCGUUGUGGCUGCAAAUCCCAUGUGAUCCGCCGUUUUUUUUUUCGCGCGGAAAUAGCAGCGUUAUGGGCCUAAUUUCGGAUCCGCUUCUAUUCGCGGUUGCGUUGAUCGACACGGGCUCCGUUUUGUUUCUCCUCGUGUAUUAUAUCAUAACAUUGUCAGAUCUCGAAUGUGAUUACUUGAAUGCGCAAGAAUGUUGUUCAAAAUUGAAUAUGGGAGUGUUGCCAAAAUUAAUAUCACAUACAUUUUUGGUAUUUCUCUUGUUGAUACACGGACAAUUAAUAUUAACACUGGUAAACAUACCAAUGACGGUAUGGUUGUUUUAUGAAUAUUUUGGUGUUCCCAGUGGUAAUAUGGGCGUUUAUGAUCCUACAGAGAUUCACAAUCGUAGCCAAUUGAAAAGAUACACGCGCGAUUGUAUGAUACAUCUUGGAUAUUGCCUCGUAUUCUUUUUUAUUUAUCUUUAUUGCAUGAUUGUGGCAUUGCUCAAAGGAGAUCCCAUCAAUAGAAGCGACGAGACUAUAAUAGAUUUAUAAAAAGAUUAAGGCGUCAUAUAAAGAAUCCUUUUUAUGUCUUGUUUGUUUUUCUUUCUUUUUUUUUUAAUAGGAAUCUAUAUAAGAAUAUUUUAAUUCUAUUAUAUGUUUGCACACAUACACACAGCACAUACUUCAUAUUCUCUACACUAACAAUAAGUUAGCGAUUUUCCUUUUUUUUAAUCAUAUUCAUUGUUUGACUAUCUUGGGGAACAUAUAUUGUUCUAUAAUUGUUGUAAUUUAUGGUUCUUAUUUAUUUCCAGCUAGAAAUAGAUAACUUGAAAAUAAAUAUUUUUUAUUUUGUCUAUUCUAAUACUUUUGAUAUUUCCUCUAAUUUGAAGGCCUUACAUUGUUAUACUAAUGAAGUAAAUGGGAACUAUAUAAGUAUCAAAUAAAUACCAAAUAUAUCAUUGUAUCCAUCACACUACUGCUUGCAUAUGUAACUUACAUAAAUAAUUGUAAGUUUCUAGUCGUAAAAACGUAAGCAGAAGUCUGUGUUAUAACAGAUUGUGUUUAUAAGAAUAACAAUAUAUAAUUGUAAUAUUUUAAU